CCCAUGUCCCUUCUUCUCUAUCCACCUCCAUGCAUCCUCUGAACUCCCUCUCCUUGCCAAGCGCGCUCUAUUUAGUCACAAAACAGCCCGAAUAACCUCGCCUUCAUGACUCCUCCCAGAUCGCUACUACGAUAUAUCACCAGUAUGUCUUCUAAACAACCCUUCGUCGCUCGGUGGGGUAUUCUUGGAUGUGGUUGGAUUUCAUCCGAAUUUACCAAAGAUAUCGGCCGUCCCAUGGCCUCAAGAAACGUCACAGACGUCUCUCAUGCCAUUGCUGCUGUUGGGUCCCGUUCGCUUUCCAAAGCAGAGGAUUUCAUCAGCAAAUACUGUCCCAAUGGAGCUGCGGGUCAACAAGAUGGACUUGUGGACUUCAAGCCCAAAGCAUACGGUUCAUACAAAGGCGUUGUGGAGGAUCCUAAUGUCAACAUUGUGUAUGUGGGUAGUAUGAACAUUGCUCAUUAUGAGGAUGCCAAGCUCGCUUUGGAAGCUGGCAAAAACUGCCUUCUGGAGAAACCAGCAACCCUCAAUGCCGCAGAGUGGAAGCACCUUGUCUCAAUUGCCAAAAAGAACGAUGUUUUCCUUAUGGAAGCCGUUUGGACCCGAUUCAACCCCGUUAUGUUAGCCAUUCAGAAAGCUAUCCAUGAAGACAACCUUAUCGGUGAGAUCAGAUGCAUGUACUCGGACCUCGCCAUGGACGCCUACAAGAAACGACCUAAUACAAACCGACUGUUCGCUGCUGAGCUUGGCGGUGGUAGCCUCCUUGAUCUUGGACCUUACCCUCUCGUGUGGACAAUGAUGAUCCUCUACCGCCAUCCUAUGAAUCAGCUCACACCUCCUGACAAGGUUGGCAGUACGAUGCUACAACACCACACUGGUGUCGACCUUGCAACCAGCAUCACCUUGACCUUCCCUAAGUUGAACGCCGUGUCAUUCUGCACGACAAAUCUUCUCUCCAAUGUUCAAAAAUAUCAAAAUACCCGUAUCGUUGGCUCCAAGGGAGAGAUCCUCGUUCAUGGCCUCACUUCUCGCCCUCAAAAGUAUACUAUCCGUAGACUUCUUAACCCCGAGAUUGAGGACGGGGACUACGAGGAUGAGACAAUCGAUAUGACUUUCGAUGGGUUUGGGCUGUAUUGGGAAGCCGAUGCUGUGGCCAGGUGUCUGAGAGACGGGUUGAAGGAGUGUCCGAGCAUGCCGCAUGCGGAGACGACGAUGACUAUGGAGAUUUUCGACAAGGUCAGGAAAGAGGGUGGUUAUGAGUUCCUUCCUGGGUUGGAGAAAGUCAAGGCGUAAAGGACUUUGGUAGGAGUCAAGACUUGUGGGAGUCAUGUCACUGUAUGAAUGUAUAAUAAAUCAACAGCAAUAUAGAUUAAUCUUUUAAUUCCCACUUUGGUUCUUCUUUGUAAUACAUC